AUGGCUUCUCAGACUGUGGUUCAACCGCCAGGCGAAGGCUACACUACAUCGCCUAGCCACCCCCGCUCCCGUGAUGCCGACAGCCUCCGUCCUAAGUGGACGGACCGGGUAGGACACAAAGGCGUCAACUCGCCCGUGGCGCCCAGCGAGCCGGCUGUUUUGCUCGAUGCAUCUGAAGCGCGUCCAGCCGGGCCUUCUGCCGUCUUUGACGUGAUUGAGCCCGUCUUGACGACAGGUGUAAGUGAUGGCACGAGGGUCAUCAUCAUCACCCUGUUCAUUACUGCAAACCUAGUUCAGUUCAUCUCCAAUUUCAUCACCCUUAGCGGUGGCAUCACACUUACACACGCCCUCGGCCGAGAGACUGGACCUGGCAAGGCUAACUGGAUGGCAGCCUCGUAUUCUAUUACACAAAGUACAUUUGUUUUAGUCUCUGGUCGGUUAGGCGCCAUCUACGGACAUCAUCGCCUUUCCCUCAUCGGCCUGGGCAUGUUUGGCAUCUUUUCCAUCGUGAAUGGAUUCUGCCGCAGCUUUGCGUCGUUUGUUGCCGUUCGAGCUCUGAGCGGAAUCGGUGGCGGCAUCUACAUGCCUAAUGCCAUCACGGCGCUGGGGCUGAUGGUGCCGCCCGGGCCGACAAGGACUUUGCUGUACGGCAUCUUUGCCGCGGCGCCGCCUCUGGGUGGUCUUGUGGGAGCUUUGUUUGCUGGUCUCUGUGCGGAAUGGGAGGGAAUGUGGAGUUGGACUGUUCUCUUUGGCGCAUUGGGUGUCAUCUCCGUCGCUAGCUGUAUCUUUCUGGCUGUCAUUCUACCAGAAGAGCGCCCGGUUGACCCGAAAGGCAAGCUCGACACGUUUGGAGCCUGUCUAGGUCUGUCGGGUUUACUACUCUUCAACAUUGCCUGGAGUCAAGCGCCUGCUAUCGGAUGGUCGAUGCCCUCUGAAAUUGCCAUCCUGACUGUGUCGGUUGUUGUCUUUGUCGGCUUCCUAUUUUGGGAACACCGUGUUGCCUCGGCGCCCAUCAUGCCACUCCACAUCUUCCGUGCGCCAACGUUUCUCGCCAUGAUCUUUGUCGUCCUCUUUAGCUACAUGUCAUUUGGCAUUGCCCUGUGGUACUCGAUUUCCUGGCAGCAGACCCUGCGACAGCUCUCUGUUCUUCAGAUUGCCGUGAACCUGAUUCCAUUUGGGCUCGGUUCCACCGCCGCCGUCGGCCUUGCCGCCUAUCUCCUCCCCCGGGUCGAAGCCAAGCUGGUCAUGGCGGUUGGUGUCGUCGCCGUCAUCGGCGCCAGCCUUCUCCUUGCCACCAUGCCGAUGCAGCAGACGUACUGGGCGCAGGUCUUCCCGGCCAUGCUGCUGUGCGGCUGCUGCCCCGACUUUGUGUACCUGGCUGCGCAAGUCAUUGCCAGCAACAGCGUCACGCGCAAGCACCAGGGCAUCGCGAGCAGCCUCGUCGGCACGCUCAACCUGUACGGCAUCAGCUUGGGGCUAGGGUUCGCCGGUACGAUUGAGGUGGAGGUGGCUAAAAAGUCGAAAUCGCCGCUGCUAGGCGCCGCCGCCACCAUGGAAUCCAUCAUGUCCGGCUUCAAGGCUGCACUGUACUUUAGCGCGGCCUUGGCAGCCGUCGGCCUGCUUCUGGACUUUGCGUUUGUCAGGGUCCCCAAGGUAGACCGCCAGGGUUGGGGCGAUGAAGACGGCGAGGAUCCGUCUUUGUGA